AUGCUUGGGGUUGGGAAUGAAGGAAUGUCUACACUACCCGGAUUGAAUCAAAUACAAUUUGAAGGAUUUUGUAGAUUCAUUGAUCGGGGCUUAACAGAAGAACUUUUAAAGUUUCCAAAAAUUGAAGAUCUAGAUCAAGAAAUGGAAUUUUAG